AUGAAAUACUAUUAUCAGAUUAUAUUGAUUAUAAUCCUAGUAACUGAAUAAAUAAAGGGAGAAUCAUUGUAUUAAUAUAUAAAAGGCAAAAAGAAGUUAACUGAAGUUGAGUCCAUUGAAAUCUUACUUAAACUUACUAUUGCACUCUAAGCAGUGCAUAGUAUAGGCUAUGUUCAUUGAGAUAUUAAAUUGGAAAAUGCAUUAAUCGAUAAAGAUAAUAUAAAACUAAUUGAUUUUGGCUUUACUGAAAAAAUAUUGAGAGAUAGAUUAUAGAAUGGAUAAGGCACAGCUGGAUACAUUGCACCAUAAAUAUUUGUGAGAUAGCCAUAUUAAGAAAUUGGUGAUGUAUUUAGUUUAGGAGUAAUCUUUUUGAUUAUUUAGGAUUUGCAAUUUCAUUCUUUAAAAUAUAGAAUAAAUUUAUAUAAUAUUUUUUAUCGUAUCCGGAAGAGCACCUUUUCGAUCAAAUACAUAUGAUGGAUUAUUGAAAUUGAAUUAGGAAUGCUAAAUUGAUUUUUCUGAAUCCAGAUUUCUUGAGAUCAGUUAUAAAAGUAUUUGUUUAUUGAAGGCUAUGUUAUAAGAACAACCAGAAAAUAGAAUCAAUAUUUAAGACUUAUUGGCUCAAUUAUAAGUUUAUAAUCUAUUUUCCCAUUCCCCUAAUGUUGUUUCAACAUAAUCCAUUAUUGAGGGUUCCUUAGGAAUAAGUGUUAAUCAUUUAUAAUCAAUAACACUCUAAAAUCUUUUUAUUAAUAAAGCUAAAAUUCUGCAAGUGAAAGUUCAAGUCAAUUUUCAGGACAUCUGUAAAAACAGAAGUAAAGAAGAUUUAAAAGUUAAAGUAUGGAUAAAAAAGGAUAAUUCCCAAAAUAGUCCUGAUUCAAACCAUCACUAAAGUAUGUUUAUAAUUACCUUUUUUGAUUUUCAUUUGAAUUUCAGCAAAAUAAAUAAAAUUAAAUAUCAAAAUCUUCUUUACUAUAUUAGAUGGAUAUGGAAUUAAUUAAGUAAUUAAGAGAAUUGA